AUGAACGACCAAAUCCCCAUCUCUCCGAGCGCUCCUCAAGAAGUUCCUGGAUUGCUCGACCAAAUAUCUUCACAUGGAGAUGCCUUCCUUAACGCCGACCCUGAUGCACGGUUGAAACUGCUGGAGGAUGCUCGGGCAUUGGUCAACGCUCUUGAGACUCCUCGUGAGUCGAUGAUUAGAUAUUGCUGGGCGCAGUCAACGAUCUACGCGGCCAUCGAGACCGGCGUCGAUAUUGAUCUCUUCCACAAACUGUCGCGCAAUGACAGGCCCAAGUCUGCUGCGGAGUUAGCAGAGGACACGGAGUGCGAUCCAGUUAUGCUGUCCCGGCUACUCAAACAUCUUGCCGCAAUGGGGGUGAUUGGAGAGGCUGGACCGGAUCUGUACUGUCGUACGGGCUUCACGAUAGCCCUGUGUUCGGAAAAGUACAGCGACGGUUUCCCUCUUAUGACACGUCGAUUCACAGCUGGCAUCCACGCUCUCCCUGCCUACCUGAAGAAGAACGGCUACCGCAAUCCCACCAAACCUACAGACACCGCACUUCAGCUCGGAUUCAACACAGACCUCCACUUCUUCGAGAUCGCGAAGCAGGAUCCGGUCACAGCCAGACAAUUCAACAACCACAUGUCCGUAUACAGUGUUGGACGGCCGAGCUGGAUGGAUGUUGGCUUCUUCCCGGUACAGGAGCGGCUUAUCGAAGACAGCAAUAUUACCAAUGACGAUGCCUUACUUGUCGACAUGGGCGGGAGUAUCGGUCACGAUCUGUCUGAAUUCAAGCGGAAGUGGCCUGACGCCCCGGGACGCUUGAUUCUGCAAGAUCUUCCGACAGUAGUCUGCCACGCACAAGGUUUAGAUCCCGCAAUUCAGGUGACGCCGCACGACUUCUUCACGCCCCAGCCGGUUAAAGACGCACGAGCAUACUACAUGCACUCUGUCCUCCACGACUGGCCCGACGACAUGUGCCGCAAGAUCCUGGCAAAUCUGACCCCAGCCCUCCGCUCCGGAUACAGCAAGGUGUUGAUCAACGAGAACGUGAUCCCAGACAAGGGCGCUUACUGGGAAACGACCAGUCUGGACCUGAUUAUGAUGGCGAUCGGAUCGGGAGAGCGGACGGAGCGACACUGGCACAAGUUGUUGGAAUCGGCGGGAUUGAAGAUUAUGAAUAUCUGGACGGCGCCUGCGCAGAAGGGGGUCGAGAGUCUGAUUGAGUGUGAGUUGGCGUAG